GGCAGAGCUAGCAGCAGAGGUGCCUGAGUCUCGCCCUCCUCUCUUCCUCUCCGCCCCGUCGAGGCUCGUCCGUCCAUGGCUCGCCCCGACCUUCCGCUGCCCCGCAAGCCGCGCUGGCUCUUCUCCUGCCUGGCCCUCUUCGCCGCCGCCCUCUUGCUGGAGGGGCGCGGAGGGGGCGCGGUCCCGCUGCCGGGCAACGACGGGGCGGCCCCCAUGGCCAAGGUCUACCCCAGAGGGAGCCACUGGGCCGUCGGCCACUUCAUGGGGAAAAAAAGCACAGGGGAUUUUCCUUACAUAUACGACGAACGGAAUGAGUCCCCCUUCUCUUCGCUGUCCGAUAACAUCAAGCAGCUGGGAGACUAUUUGCAAUGGGAGGAGACGUUCAAGCAGUUCCUCAAGCUUCUAGAUGGGAACGAAAACCGAAGCUCUCAGGUUCUCAGGGAUGAAUUGCCAUUUUCUGCCAAGAACGCUUGGGAGGCAGAGGAUAACAGCAGUCUCAAAGACAUGAUGGAUUACCUGCUGCAAGCACUGGAUAGAAAAGAAACCUCGCCUAGUUGAAGCUGCUGUCACCUGGAACUGAAGGCAUAGAAUAAUAUCCUUAAGAGACUAUGUUUUCAUUAGCAUUUUGUUGUAUAUGAUAACUGAUGAAAUUCCUUUUGUGUUCAGCGAGAUUUUCUUUCCGUGUAAAAUAACCUGUUCCCUUGUAUUUCUAAUACCAAGGAUUUACACUCCCCAGCGGCUUCCCCCCUUGCAAGCAGCAUUUUCUUCUUUUUAACUGCUUUGUUGUACAUAAUUGUCAAUGAAGGGUCUUCCAAUUCUCUGACGGUACUUUGCUCUCUCUCUCUUUCUCCAUCCAGUCACUUCAUCUUUUAUGUUACACAAUCAAGCAAGAUUCACAAUAAAUAACUCUCUCUCUAA